AUGACCGGGAUACCAGUCUCUGACUGCAGUGAAAAUUGCCCAGUGGGGCAUUGGAAGGCCAGUAUGACUGGACAACCCAUCUGUUGCUUUACCUGUAUUCCUUGUGCUGAAGGGGAAAUCACUAAUCAAACUAGUACAACAGAAUGCCUAAAAUGUCCAGAUAAAAACUGGCCCAAUGAGAAACAGGACCGUUGUAUACCAAAAACUAUUGAAUUCCUUUCCUAUGAAGAUGCAUUGGGAGUAACACUGACUAUCAUAAUUGCAUUUUCUGCAUUGGUCUCUAUUUCAGUUCUCAUCAUCUUUUAUAAAAAUAAUGACACUCCUAUUGUCCGAGCAAAUAAUCAGACUUUAAGUUAUCUUCUUCUGGUGUCACUGAUGGUGUGUUCUCUCUGCUCAUUUGUUUUUAUUGGCAAACCAAACCAAAUUAAUUGUCUGCUUUGUCAGACAAUCUUUGGUAUUAGCUUUGUAGUAUGUGUGUCUUGUAUACUUGCAAAAACUAUUAUGGUUGUUAUUGCUUUCAGGUCAACUAAACCAAACAGCAAGUUAACUAAGUAUGUAGGCCCAGUAAUCCCAAACAUUAUAGUAUUUGUACUUACAUUCUUUCAGGUCAUACUCUCUUGUGUAUGGUUGGCAAUCACUCCCCCAUUCCCUGAGGAGAAUAUGAAAUCACAAAUGGGGAAGAUUAUUCUUGAAUGCAACGAAGGGUCAUUAAUUGCAUUUUGGUGUAUGCUGGGAUACCUUGGAUUACUUGCCUUUGUAUGCUUUAUAGUAGCCUUUCUGUCCCGUAACUUGCCAGACAGCUUUAAUGAGGCUCGUUAUAUAUCAUUCAGCAUGCUGGUGUUUGUAAGUGUCUGGUUAUCCUUCAUCCCUGCCUAUCUCAGCACAAAAGGGAAGUACAUGGUGGCUGUUGAGAUAUUUGCCAUUCUUUCCUCUAGCAUGGGUGUGUUGCUUUGUAUUUUUGCACCUAAAUGUUAUGUUAUUAUUUUCCAUCCUGAAAUGAAUACAAAGCAAUACAUUAUGGGGAGAAGUUCAUCACAGGUGAGAUAAUUCUAAGUCCUCUUUUUCAGGUUGAUGUCAUGGCUAUUACCAUAGCAGUUUUCCGAACAUCAGUCAAGGCAAAAUAAGAGUUAAUUUGUUGGCACUCACUUCCAGUUCAGUAAAAAGGACAGUCUGUAUUUGUGUAGUUUAACUUCCUGUGGUGCUUUACAUUUUAGCUAAUAUAUCUUUUCUACCAGAGGCACUGACCAUAUAAGCCACCUGCCUAUAGGUGGGAGGCCUUUUGGGGUAACUGCAUAUAUGGAAUGCAUAACAAAACCCUUGUAUCUCCCCAAUGCAUAUUAUCCCCUUGGGCCCUGUUGCACAUGUGCAGUGAAAAGUACUGCUUAAACUCACACAUCGUUUGACUGAAGCAGCUGUAAUGCAGUCAUCAUAGACCUCCAUGCAGUUUUGCUAGAAAUGGCCUAGCGUGGAUUAAUAAGCACUACA